CGCACUUGUCUGGUGUGCUAUCAGUCGAAACCACUCACCGGGUUCCCGACCGUCUCUCAAGUACCAUCGCACAACCACGACAACGAGGUCUGCAACGAGUGCUACGCAUUCCAUCUGGACGGCGAGAUCGACAACAAGAUGUGGAACAUAAUCUCGUGCUCACAAUGCCCAACCAUCUUGUCAAGAGAGGUUAUCAACAUUCUCGCAUCUCCAAUGACUUGGGAGAGAUAUCAGUACCUUUCUGAAAGAGCUGCCCAAGCAAACAACUCCGACUACCGCUACUGCUUCUCUACAACUUGCAACUCGGGUCAGACACACGACGGCGGUCUGGUCUUCUCGUGUCAAUCCUGCGGUCACCAGCAUUGCACUGCAUGCGAUGUCAACUGGCACGAAGGCGAGACGUGCGAGCAAUCCAAAGCUCGUCGUCAAGCACAAAAGCAGGAAGAAGCAGCCUCAGCAGAGUUCAUCCAGAGCAGCACGAACGCUUGUCCUCAGUGCCAUGUAAAGAUCGAGAGAGUUGAUGGAUGCGACCACAUGACUUGCUCUUGCAGUCACCAAUUCUGCUGGUUAUGCUUGGCAGAUUACGCCCCCGUCGCUCUUCACGGUGCGCACCACCAUCGAGCAAACUGC